UUCUCUCCCUCCGGUAUAGCUCUGAUCCUGCUUUUCUACUUGGUCUUCUACGGCUUCCUCACCGCGCUGUUCACUCUCACGAUGUGGGUGAUGCUGCAGACCGUGGACCCCUUCACCCCCAAAUACCAGGACCGCCUUUCUGUCCCAGGGAUGAUGAUUCGCCCUAAGACAGAAGCUCUGGAUAUUACCUUCAACGUUACAAACACGGAGUCUUGGGAGAAUUACGUGAAGAUGCUUAAUACCUUUUUGGAGGCUUAUAACAAUUCCAAGCAAGUGGCCACCAACGAACUCUGCCGCCCGGGCCGCUACAACGAGCAGCCGGACAACGGGGUCCCGAACUAUCCCAAGAGGGCCUGCCAGUUCAACCGCACCAUGUUGGGGGACUGCUCGGGGCUCAACGACACCACCUACGGCUAUCGGGAGGGGCGGCCUUGCAUCCUGGUCAAAAUGAACCGGGUCAUCAACUUCUAUGCAGGAGCUAACCAGACCGUGAACAUCACUUGCGUAGCAAAGAAAGAGGAAGAUGCCCAGAAACUGGGAGAAAUUGCAAUGUUCCCAGCCAAUGGGAACAUUGACCUAAUGUAUUUCCCAUAUUAUGGCAAAAAAGUACAUGUAAACUACACCCAGCCCGUUGUGGCCGUCAAGUUUCUUAACCUCACGUCCAACUUCGACCACAACAUAGAGUGCAAAGUCAACGCGGCCAACAUUGCCACGAACGACGAGCGGGACAAGUUUGCCGGACGUGUGGCGUUCAAGAUCCGGGUCAACAAAGAUUGAGUGUCUCUCUCUCUCUCUCUCUUUUGGUCCUUCUUCCAUCCAUCCCUUCCCGACACCCUCCGAGGCUAACGGCUAACCUUUCCUUGCACGGCUCCUCCGAGCUCAGAA